UCUCGCAGGCAGGUGGCCUCGGGACGACGGCGAUCGCAUCGCAGUCAGGGAGAGAGCCUUAUUUCCUGGCUUCUUCGAUCACUAGAUCUGUCCAUUCUCUUACAAAACUUAACCUGGAAGUGUUUGUGUUAGAUUGCGCAGCUAUAACUAGCUAAAAUUUGCACUAAUCCAUAUCGGGAGCAGCCUAUAGAGGGAUUAUUGGUCUGUAGUGGAGUGGACUGGAGUGGACAUGUAACCCUAAGGGGGGGAAUUAGAGGAAGCGGGGGAGGUGGUGAGGAGGAGGAGGAGGUGGAGUGGUUAGUGUCAUAGAGAAAUGGGAAAAAUGAGGUUUAAUUCCGAAUUUACUCGAGUAUCGGCGAUAUUUGUGUUGAUGAGUUUGUUGUGGAGAGAGUCGGGGUGUUUGAUGGAAUUUGAGAACCCUAGGAGCGGCAGCAGGGGAUCGACAGGGGUUAGGAUUGAGUCGGAGCGUGGAUCCGCGCUCGUGCUUCCCCUUACGAGAUCGAAAAAAAAUGAUAUUGUGGAUCGUCGGUUUGAGCGGCGGGGACGAAAGCUCGAAGAGAGCGCGCGUAUGACACUCCACGACGAUCUGCUCACGAAAGGAUAUUAUACGAGCAGGGUUUUUAUUGGAACACCGCCGAAUGAAUUCGCACUUAUAGUGGAUACAGGGAGCACCGUUACGUAUGUUCCCUGCUCCUCCUGCACCCAUUGUGGCCACCACCAGGAUCCUCGAUUUAAACCCGAAAAUUCAAGCUCUUAUCAGAAAAUCGGUUGUAGGUCUUCAGAUUGCAUUACAGGGUUGUGUGAUUCUAAUAGCCACCAAUGCAAAUACGAGAGAAUGUAUGCGGAAAUGAGUACCAGCAAAGGAGUACUCGGGAAAGACCUGCUAGACUUUGGCCCAGCUAGUCGGCUGCAAUCUCAGCUUCUUUCGUUUGGCUGUGAAACUGCGGAAUCUGGAGAUCUUUAUCUACAAGUUGCGGAUGGCAUUAUGGGGUUGGGACGUGGUCCGCUCAGUAUUGUUGAUCAGCUCGUAGGAAAUGGAGCAAUCGAAGAUUCUUUUUCACUUUGUUAUGGUGGCAUGGAUGAGGGUGGGGGUUCUAUGGUGUUGGGAGCAAUUCCGGCCCCUUCAGGCAUGGUAUUUGCAAAAUCCGAUCCACGUCGCAGCAAUUACUAUAACCUUGAAUUAACUGAGAUUCAGGUGCAAGGAGCAAGCUUAAAGCUAGAUAGUAAUGUUUUUAACGGAAAGUUUGGCACAAUUUUAGACAGUGGAACUACAUACGCUUAUCUUCCAGAUCGAGCUUUCGAAGCUUUUACAGAUGCUGUUGUUGCACAGCUUGGUUCGUUGCAAGCUGUCGAUGGUCCUGAUCCAAAUUAUCCUGAUAUCUGCUACGCAGGCGCAGGAACUGACACAAAGGAGCUGGGCAAGCAUUUCCCUCUUGUAGACUUCGUCUUUGCAGAAAAUCAAAAAGUUUCUUUGGCGCCAGAAAAUUAUUUAUUCAAGCAUACAAAAGUGCCAGGCGCAUAUUGUUUGGGUUUCUUCAAGAACCAAGAUGCAACCACGCUGCUUGGAGGAAUUAUUGUUCGAAACAUGCUGGUUACUUACGAUAGAUACAAUCAUCAAAUUGGUUUCCUGAAGACGAAUUGCACGGAAUUGUGGAGCAUUUUGCCUGCUGAAGCCCCAUUAACAGCACCAGCUGUCUCCCCAUCUGUACCCCCGGCAAAUGAAGAAAGUCCUCCAGUAGAACCACCUUCAGCAUUACCUUCACCUUCUGUGAAUGCCCCUCCUCCGCUCUCAACAGAAUCACCGGCACCUGUAUCGCAGGCCGAAAUUUUUUUUGAUAGAAUUCAACUUAUAAUUGUAUUAGAUACAAAUAAAACUAUUAUUUGUGAACAAAUGGGCGUAUUUCUUUCAAGCAUUGCUUCGGAGCUUAAUGUUUCCGAGUCACAGAUAAAUUCUGAGGAUGUCACUGUUAAAGAAGAAGCGGGACAAGCGGUCGUGCAACUUGUCGUGUAUGCAGAAUCUUCGCAGCAUUUUUCAUCUUCUUCUGCUCAGACGCUGGCAUCACGGUUUGGAAAUCAUACUGUUCAGCUGCCUGCAGUUUUUGGUACAUAUACUCUGAAAAGCUGGAAAGGUCUGCCUCCUUCACGAAGCAGGGGCUGGUUUCAAUCUAAAAAGAUCAAGGUUGCUGCCAUCGUUGCUGGAGUAGUGGGUUUGGUGGCAAUGUUAGCUCUUGUUCCGAGUUUAGCUUACUGGUAUAUUUCAAAAUACAAGGAGAAAAACCAAGUUAAUUACAAAAACUUGAAUGCGGCAGAAAAUUCCGAAGAGGAAUCGUUGAUUGGUGACCAACAAUUGUAGUCACCCCCACAUGUACCAUGGGUUCACCUGUCACUGACUUGUGACACUCUUUUAUUCAAUGAUUUAAAAAAAAUCAGAACUGUAGACUUCACCAA